AUUUUAUUUUCACCGUCUACUUUAAAAACUACUCGAUUAAAGUGAGGUGGUUGUUUUUUAAGCUCGCAACAUCCAAUAAGAACGUUUCCAUUAAAAAUAAAUACACAGAAAUUCUUUGAAAUUCAGAUGCGUAAUAAAUGUUUCAAUGAAAACAUAAUCGAUAAUGAAUAAAGCGUCCAUCAAGCGCGUUAUCGAAACUGAGAACUGAUUUGUUGACGUCUCGGUAUCGGGAAUUUUUAUCUUCCCCAACAAAAACAUCGGUUCAAAAAUUACCGAAUUAUGAUAACGGUGGUAAUAAUCAUAAUGACACAUAGUCUUACGAGGGACGGUUUAAAUUAAGAUUAGUUUAGUAACCAUUGUUAUUACCAAAUGGUUCUCCGAGUAGUAUUUCUGUGUUUGUGUUUCCAGACAUCGCUCUCUCGUAUCGAAUAUAGAAGAGAGGAGUCAUGCAAGGAAGUGAAUGGUGUUACUGGAAGAUGUGUCUCCAUAGAAUCCUGUCCCCCGUUUGUCCUGAUGAUGCAGACGGAACUUAUUCCUCAAUACAAAACACUUCUAAAGCAAUCACACUGUGGGUUUGAGGGAAACGUCCCCAUGGUUUGCUGUCCCGAUACUUCUCCUGAAUCUCCAUCCUCUCUCGUUCCCUCAUCUCCUGUCGACGUUCCAUCUAAGGGGUCGGCUCGAAUGAUGAACCUUCAAUCACCAUUUCUGUCACCACCAACCUGCGGAGUGUCGAACGCUUCAUCUGGCCGGGUUGUGGGAGGAGUUGACGCUAAGCUCGGAGACUUGCCCUGGAUGUGCCUUUUGGGGUACUGGGAGGGUGGUUAUGAUAUAGGCGGAUCAAACGGGGACACCAAGUGGAGAUGCGGGGGAUCGCUGGUGUCCGCACAACACGUGCUCACAGCCGCUCACUGUAUACAUCACAGAGAGAAAGAACUAUACGUGGUCCGUCUCGGAGAGUUGGAUCUCGAUCGUGAUGAUGAAGCGGCUCCAAUCGACGUCCUCAUUAGAAGAGCAAUAAAACAUGAAGCAUAUAACAGGGACACGUACACUAACGACAUAGGACUCCUCGUACUCGAAAGACGUGUCGAGUUCACAAACCUGAUACGGCCUAUUUGUCUUCCGAUCCUUCCUGAAUUACUGUCUAACACGUUUGUCAACUACAGUCCGUUCGUAGCUGGCUGGGGCAGAACCUCAGAUCGAGGUCCCGGUUCGAGCCAUCUCAAACUGACUCAAUUGCAAGUAGUCGAUAACCAAAAGUGUAAGAAAUCGUACCUGGAGUACCCCGCCGUGAUUGAUGAUAAGGUCUUGUGUGCUGAAGCGGGAGGACGCGACGCCUGCGAAGGGGACAGCGGGGGACCCCUUAUACAACCGUUUUAUAAUCAGGAUAAGAAAGUGUAUUACUUCUACCAGACAGGUGUUGUAGCGUACGGAAGACGUUGUGCUGAAGCCGGUUACCCCGGGGUAUAUUCCAGGGUAACUCACUACAUACUCUGGAUACAGAAGCACAUCAUGGAGAACUAAUAUCUUUUGUUAUUUUUUAUAUCUUUCUUAAUGUUAUUUGUUGCUUUUUCUUUUUGUCUUGAUCUAUCAAAGGACGAAGAGAUGUAACUCUUCCAAGUAAUUAUUUUGUAAUCAUCAUAAAAUGAAAGAACCCAUAGCUUCACACACAAAGAAAUGUGAAAAUAAAACACAAAACAUUGUUACAAAAUGAUUCUUUGAUUAUUUAUUUGAAUUAUUUAUUAAGUAUUAAAAUAAAUUACAGUAUUCUUAAU